UGCACGGUCUAAUCUGCACAACGCUUUUGUUUUCUGCUGCCGCGCACAAUCAAGGACAGAAACAUCAGGCCGACAGGAGAAUCCAUGAGAAACGGCGUGCACGGGACACCGCUGCAGCUUCACGGCAGGCCCGAACAGGGUGUCUGGGGAUCGAAUCAUGGAUGCUGGCAGGUUGGAGCAGCAGGUUGCCACUGUGGAAAGAAGCAUGGCCUUCCUGAGGCAGGAACACCUGGCCAUGCUGACCGGGUUACAGCUGGAGAUCACAAACCUCAGGAGGCGCUGCCACGAGCUGAGCUGUGAGCUGGACUCCAGGUUUCCUGACAGGGGUACAGCAGAGGAGGAAGAGGAGCUGGCUGCACGCUGCGAGGCUGCAGAGCAUCUGAUAGAAAACCAGCAGUGCAUGAUGGUCGCCGUUUGUGGCGAGUUGCGGUCCGGUCGGGCACGAGUAUCAUCACUCGGAAGAAGCCUUAGGGAGGAGGAGCAACGUUUUCUGGAGGAACUGAAACGUCGUAGCCAUAAGAUCACGCUGCUUAAUCGUGAACUGCAUCGUCAGAACGUCACCACGACGACGCUCUGCCACAAGCUGCACGCGGCUCGGUUAAAACUGUUCCGGCAACGACAGAGCGCAAAGUGUGCAGGACAAAGGAAAGAGGAAAGUGGUGGAAAGGUCGGAGAAGUGGGAAAGGAGGAGGAGGAUGGAGAUGAUGAUGGACAGGAUGAAGAGGAUGAAGGGGAGAAUUCUGACUGGCUCCUGUCUCCGCCUCCCCCACCCAUACCCAAACAAUAUGAGAGGAGACACCGGAGGUGUGCAAGCACGAGGGAGGAGAGGGUCCGAGCUUGUGUUCCACAGGAGCGAGUGACAUCACCACAAAGGCCACACCCCAUGCCCGACCCAGCCCUCUUCUUGGUUCCGCUUAGAUACAGACUGGUUCGUUUGAAUAAACCGAUCACAGCGCAGGAUGGGGAGGAGCUGGAAGACGAGUGGGAGGACAUAGAGGACAUCGGGGUGCACAGGAGGGUGGACAUGGGAGCAGGAGAAGGUGAAACCGCUCUGUGAUGAAGGUGGAGAGGAGAAGUUGUCUUCCAGCCUGAUCGAGUGAUGCAUUUAUCCAGAAUUAUUCAACACAAAGUUGAAGUAGAGUGUGAUGUAAUCAUGUGAUUGUACAUUUCAGAGUGCAUGUUAGCUGCACAAAGCGGUGGGAUGUUAACUUAAAACUUCACAUUGACAUAGUGAAAUAAUUUGUCACAUUUUUGGUACAGUGGAUACUUUAAAAAUGUGAAGGAAAGAAUGAGUACGGUAGAGUUUAUUAUAUGCCUUUUUUAUUUGAACACUGUUGAUCACGGCUUUUGCCUUUAAGUAGCCUCGACUUGCAAACACUGUUGAAGGCAACAACUUGCAUUUACACUGUGAUAGUUGUAUUCCAGGUUUGGAGAGUCACUGAAAGUCUUAGAGACAUUUUGUAUGAUUUGCACUUUAUUAAAUCCCUGCAAUGUGCCUGGCAAUGGCAAAAACA